AAAGAAAAAAUUUAGAAAAUUUUAAAAAUACAAAAAUUGUUUACAUUUGCGCCAACCAGCAUACACAUGAGCAAUUUCCCAACCAAAAAUCGUCCAUAAGUAUUAUAUUGAUAAAUCAUUAAAAUAUUUAAAACUAAACUAACAAAUUAAAAGAUAGAUGAAUGAAAUGACCGUCAUACAAUAAAUUUAGAAUUUUUUAAAUAAUUUUCUUGAUAUUAUCAUCCCAGAAAAAGCGGAAUUUUGAUUGAAGAAUAGGACAUCUAUUUUAACAACUUAUUGAAAUAAGAAAGCCUUUCCAUUUGGAGUCAAUCCUUGUGUAUGUCUUGGAUUUCACGUCAUUUAGGUGGGGCUGUUACGCUGGUAAAUAAAUUUCGCACGACCUCUCGAAGUGCAUGACCCGUCUUAAAGCCAGGCAGGCGUGGGUGAGCCGCAAUUAGAGCCGCCAAUGUCAUGCUAGCAGUCGGUCCGAAACUUCUUUAUCGGGAUAAACUUGUCGAAUUGAUGUGAACCGGAUGAAUACGGAUCUUGGAUGAAUACACAACUCUCAAGCGACUCAAAAGAGACAAAGAUACCCGUCGGAUGCCCUUACAUUCACGAUUAUAAAAAAUAAAAUAAAAAAAAGGAUUUCAUUUGAACUUUUAUGAUGCAUAGGUCCUUUGGAAAAUUAGACUCUGUUUUUGGUUAAAUACGCUUUUUAUCGAGUCCCUUUAGAUACUUGUAGGCUUAAUUAUUUAUUUAAGAAACCAUUGGGAUCACCCUCUCUACAUGGGAAGGGGGAGGCAAGGAUUUUGAAUCUUGACCUUCUCAGGGAUUGGGAGGAAGGCAAUUUAGCUUUAGAUAUGAAUUUCGACUCUCACACUAUGUAAUGAGGCAGAUCAAAGAGCUUGAGAGUGAGAGCCAGAAUAAGAGUAGACUUAAUCCUUUAUUUAACUGAUCUUUUAAUAUAUAUCGAUACUUCAAAUCGAAUCUAACCAAAUAGUGAUUUUGGAUGCACGAACUUACUAGUUUGCAUUCGUGGGCAUAAAUUUUUCAAUGAGUUAUAAUAAUCGUUAAUACCACGAAAAAUCCUAAAUUAGUAUAUCUAUGAUAAAUUUAUACCUAAAUUAAUUUUUUUAUCACUAAAAAUCCCAACCUAAUAUAUUUGUGACAAGCCUCGAACAUCUUUGCAUCUUAGCAUAAACCCCAAAAUUGAAUGAGAAGAGAAGGAAAGAGGUGAAAUCGGGAGAGAGAAAGGAAAGAUUUUGGUUCAUGCAAGCCUUGGACAUCUCAGCAUGCCAAAUUGAGGUCAUUUCCAAGUGCAUUGCGAGAAUUUUUUUGGAGUGGCUUGUUGAGAUGCAUUUGUGAGUUGUAUUAGAAAAGUGUCACGUCGAAGAAUUAGAUGGUAUGGAAUCGUAUAUGGUUCAUAAGUCAAUGUUUUGGUUCAGAUUUCCUUUUGACGAUCUUCCCAUAUGAAGAUAUUGGGUUUUUGUAUGGCUAAUGGAGAUUGAACAAUUACCCUUUGGGCUAAAAUAAAUUUGAAACAAUGGGCUUGGCCCAGCACGUGCAUCAUGUCGUGAUGUGGAGGAUCUAUCAACCCGGCCUAGCACAAGGCGACACCUUAAUUCAAGCUGGCCAGGCACAAUCCAUAAUAAUUUGACAUCCCUACUUAAUGCGAAGUUUUUACAUCUCACUCUCUUGAGUUAAGGAGUUUCUAAUUUUUCUCACAUCGCUCUCCAAUCCAUAAUGAUAAGUUUCUUUGACACAACAUGUGUCUUUGCAUUAGUUCAAACGAAACACUACUUCUAGAAAUAUAUCUAAGAAGCAAUUCGAAUGCCAAUUGAUCACCACCAUUGAAUUGAAACAAACCUUAUCGAAUCGAUCUGGUCAAACCAUCCUCCAAAAGAACAUCGGUGGCAACUCACGUGACGAAAUUCCAAUUGAGUCACCCAUGACGACGAAGCUGUGAAGUGACAUGAGACGGGAAGGACUCAUCGUCGUUUGUUUACGACUUUCCAGAAAUUUUAUUUGGAAAGUUCAAAAGAGGGAAGCGUGCAGACAUGGGAGUGAUGAAAAGUAAGAUGCAACACGCCCAGGUAUAAAUAAGAGACCGCCAGGUGACAAAUGAAGUAUAGAGAAAACUUGAGAAAAUGGAGGAAGCCAAAGGACUAGUGAAGCAUGUGUUGCUUGUGAGGUUCAAAGAUGAUACCACGCCUGACCAGAUUGAAGAACUCAUCAAGGGCUUCGCCAAUCUCGUCAAUCUCGUCCCUCCCAUGAAAUCUUUCCACUGGGGAAGGGAUGUGAGCAUUGAGAAUGUCCAUCAAGGUUUCACUCAUGUGUUCGAGACGACGUUCGAGAGCACAGAGGGAAUAGCAGAGUACUUACCUCAUCCAGCCCAUGUCGAGUUCUCAAAGCGGUUCCUCCCCCGGUUGGAGAAGGUCCUUGUGGUCGACUUCAAGCCGACCACUGUUCACGCUUAAACCGAAUCGAAUCGUGCUAUAUUCUGCUGAUGCCAUGCUUAAAUAAAAGUUUUAUUGCGUGAGAGUAAUAACUUGAAUUCUAUUGUACUGUAGUGUUGGUUAAUGUAAUAUAUGGUUUGAAAAGUUAUAUUGACAAAAUCUUCAUAUUUUCUUCGUGUAACAUGGCGAAUUUUGUGUUCCAAUGCACAGCUUUGAUGAGACGGCCGUGCUACUAAAUACCA